UUAUUUUAUGUAUCAAUAACUGUAAACUCAAUCCCAUUUAAAGAUGGUUUUGAAAAAUCAAUCAAUGGUAAAACAUGGGUUGUAUUGGCUGCCGGUUCUAAUGAAUGGGACAAUUAUAGACAUCAAGCUGAUGUAUAUCAUGCCUACCAAAUAGUGCGAUCGCAUGGCAUACCCGAUGAAAAUAUUAUUGUUUUUCAUUACGACGACAUCGCUGACAAUGAAAACAAUCCAAAGCCGGGAAAAGUGUUCAAUAAGCCAAAUGGUCCCGAAGUUUAUCACGGAGUACCUAAAGAUUAUACGGGAACUGAUGUUACACCUGAGAAUUUUUUGGCCGCACUUAAAGGCGAUCUGCAAUUGAAAGCCAACGGCAAGAAAGUUGUCGAAAGUGGAUCCAAUGAUCAUAUAUUUAUCUUUUUCUCUGACCACGGAUCAAAUGAUCUGAUCUCAUUUCCCGAUGACAUCCUUCACGGCAAACAAUUGAAUGAUGCGCUCAAAGAGAUGCAUCAAAACAAUAGAUACGGAAAAUUAGUAUUUUAUGUGGAGGCAUGCUUUUCAGGCUCAAUGUUCAAGAAUUAUUUGGCCAAAAACAUGAAUAUAUUUGUGACAACAGCGGCCAAUGAAAAAGAGGAAAGUUGGGCAUGCUACUGUGAUACCACUGAUAUCGAUACAUGUCUAGGUGACUUAUACAGUGUUAGUUGGAUGGAGAAUAGCGACAAUAGUAAUAUGUCUACCGAAACAUUGCAACAACAAUACGAAAUUGUCAAACAAAAAACAGAUUCAUCGCAUGUUUGUGAGUACGGAGAUAUGACCAUGGGCACAUUGCACCUGGAUCAAUUUCAAGCUAAACAAAAAAGAUAUAUUUAUAAAACUAUUGAAAGUGAAAGCAUUGUCCCAUUGGCAUCCAUUGCCAGUCCUAAUGUACCGCUUAUUUUGGCACAAAAGAGAUUGCUAUCGGCUAAAAAUAAUGAAGAAAUUCAAUUUUAUUCUAAUAAAUUGGAGCGUUUGGUAAACGGUCGACAACUCGUUGACAAACAUUUUGAUGCCUAUGUCGAUAGUGUCUCGCAUUUAAUUUCUGGCAACAAAAAUGAUAUCAUAAACAAUAUACAAGAAGUUAAUGACGGAGAUUGUUAUCGACAAUUAGUUGACACCUUUCAUCAUAAUUGUCUUAAUUUAGGAAAAAAUACUUAUGGUUUACAAAAACUACAAAUUUUUGUCAAUAUUUGUGAAGACUUAAGUAAUUCAAGCAAUAAGUUAGUAAAAACUACCGAAACGAUCAACAUUUUGAAAGACUUUUGUCAAAACAAGUUUGAUGUCGAUAUUGAUUAUAAAAUUGUUUAA